AUGCGCCUAAAAUAUAUAACAAUUUUUUACAUACGUAUCAUUUCACUUCUGAUUUUUUCCUUCUAUCUUUCUCUCGUUCUUUUUCAUUUUCUUUUUUCUUUCUUUCUCUUUUUCUCUAUUUUUUUUCCUAUUUCUUUCUUUCUUUUUCUUUUUCUUUCUUUCUUUCUUUCUUUUUCUAUCCUUUUCUUUCAUUCUAUCUUUCUUUCGCUCUUUUUUAUCUUUCUCUUUUCAUCUUUCUCUCCGAUUUAUCUUUCUUUCUUUCUUUCUUUCUUUCUUUCUUUCUUUCUUUCUUUCUUUCACGUAGUAUCUUUCGCUUUCUUAUUCGAUUUUUCUUUCUCCUUCUGUGUUUUUUCCCUCUUUCUGUCUGUCUUUAUCGAUCGUUCUUUCUAUCGAUCUUCCUUUCUCUUUCUAUAUUUUUCUUUAUCUGUUUCUUUCUAUAUUUAUAUCUUUCAUUCUCUUUUUCAUUCUUUCUAUCAUUCUCUUUUUCUUUUUUCUUUCUAUUUCUUUAUAUAUGUGUGUAAAUUAUUAUGUGCAUAUCUAUCUAUCUAUCUAUCUAUCUAUCUAUCUAUCUAUCUAUCUAUCUAUCUAUCUAUCAAUCGAUCGAUCGAUCGAUCGAUCGAUCUCUGA